AUGACAACAUCGUCGAAUAUAAAAACCGAAUUGGGCAGGAUUUUGUCCACCGACGAGACAACGUGGAAAACGAGGUGCAGGGAUAUUGAUUACUGUAAUCAACAAAUUACCUUUCGAAGCCCACAUUCCAGGNCUGUAAUCAACAAAUUACCAUUCGAAGCCCACAUUCCAGGUUAUCAAUUUGCGGGUCCUGGAACACGGUUAGAAAAGAGAUUAAAACGAGGUGAUAUUGGGGUGAACCCGCUUGAUGCUGCUUGCCGCAAUCGCGAUAUCAUUUAUAGUAAAUACAAGAAUCUCGAAGACCGUCAUAAAGCAGACAAAGUGUUGGAACAUCAGGCUUGGGAACGAGUGUUGGCCAAAGACGCUAAAUUGCCUGAACGAGUCGCAGCUUGGAGUGUGACCAACGCGAUGAAAUUGAAACGUAAACUCGGUAUGGGUUUCAAACGAGUUGUGCAUGCGGCCAAACUCGAUAAAAAUGCCCAACAAAUGGAUUUACUGAGUGUGGCAAAAAAAUCGUUGAAGGCGGCACGACGUGUGGUGAGAAAGAAAAAAAUUCCACUGCCCCGUACCAUAAACGUUCCGAAAACUAAAGGCGGUGUACUACCGCUUAUACCUAUAUUUGCCGGACUGUCGGCGUUGGGAGCUUUAGCCGGCGGUGCUGCAAAUGUGGUCAAGAUGGCUACCGAACUUAGCCGUAAAGGCAAUGCAGCGAUAAGCAUGGGUAAAGGAUUUUACUUGCAACCAUACAAAUCGGGGUCUGGUUUCAAAUUGACGACGAGUACGACAAAGAUGAUUCGAAAAAAUCAGACGAAAAAAACAAAAAACUAAUUUCGCAGCUACCCGAUCGUUCCUUGUACGAUGUUGAAAUUGCAAAUUUCGGUAGUCGAGCGUUCGACCAUAAAGUGUUUCGUGGCGUGUUUUGUCGUGACACAUUACCUAAGUCGGGACCGAAAAUGACCGAAAUGGCUGUAGUGAACUUGGAUCUUUCCACUAACCCUGGCACGCAUUGGGUAGCUUAUAGUAAACGCGGUAAACGUGUUACGUAUUUUGACAGUUUUGGUAAUUUACCACCACCGUUGGAACUGCAACGAUACUUUAAAGGAUGUACAAUCGUGCACAACUAUAGUAGAUGUCAAAACUUCGACGAGGUAAAUUGUGGUCACUUGUGUUUGGAAUUUUUAA